UAAAAUUAUUUCUUUUUGCAUAGGAUUGUGUUUCAUCAUUUAACGUCUCAGAUUUGUUUACUAACAGCGUUUAAGAACUCUCAUACGGCGCUGUAAAAAUGUAAUAAGUGCUUCAUAGCUGGGAUUUUCAUUAUUUGACGCAUGCUCUUCCCAAUCGCGUAGUGUUGUUGUUGGCAGUUUUGUACACAACAAAUGUUCCAAAAUGCUGCUCCAUUCAUCUGCCUUUUCUCCGAAAUGGCUCAACGUUUUUUUUAUGCCACUCGAAUUCAUCGACCAACUGAUGCAAUGCCGUUGCGUUUUCUUUCCUAGCCGGUGUGAUGCCAAACAUAACCUGCAAGUGACGUUUCUUAAGCAGGUAUUCGUUUGAGUAUCUUUAGGUGAGCAUUAUCCAAGCCAGUGUAUAGUUUUUUGAGCUUAUCGUUAUCGACUCAAUUACUUGUGCGGCUUCGCCUUUUACGGCUGCGCGCAAAUAGUGAAACUUCUGUAUGGCGGGAAGCUCAUCAUUUUCGUGAAUAAGACACUCAAAGGUGUCGCGGAAAGUUAGCCAUUGCAUACAGUCGCCAUCGAACUCGGGCAAUGCUAUGGUGGGCAGCUUUAUGCCUUGCAGCGGGUUGCUGCCGGCCCUAUGCUGCGACCCUUCGCUACGAGGAAUUUGCCUAUAUUUUGCCUUCAAAGCUGCUGUUGAAUGCUUUCCAAAUCCUUACACAUUUGCUCAAAUUUGUUUAUUCGAGUUUCAACCUCAAUCGAGUCCCGCUCAGAUUGGUAAUCUUGGUUAAAUUGUUCAUAUCGUCCCAAGAUAGUUAGCAAAAUCGUUCUUCUCGUAGCCAAGAUCUCCGGUUGCCCGGACAUUUUACAAGAUUAGUUAUUGGUAUUAAAGUGAAGCAAGCCAAACGAUGCGAGUGCGUGUACAGAAGGGUUAGCGUAAGCGCGCGCAGAUAAUAUUUACUUUAUCGAAAAACUCUCGACUAAUCAGGAUUUCGACACUAUCUUGGUCACGGCACCAAUUUUAACUCGGAGGAGAAUUUCGGAUAAAGUCUUGCGCGUUUCUUUCUUGUAACGACGAUUUGCCAGAGAAGAAGAGGAUGACAAAGCCUUUUCGUCAUCUAUUUAUUAAAUCUAAACCGCUAGUGAUGCCAGCGUAAACACCCAGGCUGCAAAUGACAGCUGAAAAGACGUCUUUUGGUGGUCUUUCGGGUCACCGAAAGUCCGCCGAAAGACGUCUAUAUAACACCAGUUUAGACCGACAUUGACAACACCAGCGAUGUUUUUCCUAUGCGAUGUAUUUUGAUGUCAAUGUCAAAACCAAAGUGGGUAUAGGGACUAGGUGGGCUUAUAGGUUUGGCGGGAAGGCCAUAUUGGACGAACGAAUGACAGGAGGGGAUUCGAUUGUGAUACGUAGUUUUUCACCCACACUACGACACAUCAUCCAAAAUAGCCAUUGGAAUUCACACGCAUACAUCAACAAAUGAUCGAAUCCCCUCCUGUCAUUUCGUUUUCAUUUUUCUACAGUACGGCUGUCAAUUUGUUCGGGAUAAGCCCACCUGUAUAAUAAACCCACUUUGGUCAAAACAUACAGUGUUGCCAGCAAAAAAAAAUCAAAGCUUUGUUGCUGUCAUUCUAUCGUCUUGUUGAGCCGCGCACUGUCAAUCACACGUAUUGCGUUGUGCGUUUCGCUGACAAGCUGUGGUGUGUGUUGUAUAUCGUUCUAAUGUUAGGUUAUUAUUUAGUGUAAGAGAUAUAGAUUUACCUUUUGAUUCUUUGAUGAAUGGAUUUGAACUCGUUCCUUCGAAUGUGCAGUACAUAUCCCCACCGCAGUAGUGAUUGGUCCAACGCUCCUCCGCUGAUAGACACGCAACUAUAGCGCUAUAUAAACCAUCAGGGACGCAGGAUGGAAAACGCAAAACGUCCGAGGUUCAUCGUUCAAAUGAAAAAUGGGAAGGCUGUAUUGUUACCGAUCAAUCAAGCAUCCUCUACUCCGCCAGUUAAAAUAAACUCCUAUCAUCAUUUACAUCCGGAUGUUUUGGAAGAUUUAUCCUCGUGCUCAGAUAAAACACAAACAUACGAAGAACAUAACGAAAAUUUCAUCCAAACACCGAGCACCUCACGACAAGACUUGCAAAAAAACCCACUUCCGAAGCAAAAAUCCUGUUCAACACAAACCAAUAGACAAACUGAAGGAGAUUAUUUAUGGAACGAAAUUAUCAACAAACUAGACUUAAUACAACAGGAGCAAAGACAGCAAGCAGAGAUAUCAAACAAGAGAAUAGCAGCUUUGGAAGGACAAAUCAAAUUGAUGCGGUCGGAAUUCAACAUUGUCUCUGACAAAUUGAUUCCUCGUCCAGGGUUUGUGGCUGUGUCGAGUUUUGAGUGGGAACCACUAGCAAACAAAAAUGAUCUGGAUACGCUUGAAAAAAGAUUGUCGGAACCUGAGUUUAGAAAGAAUUUCAAUGACUAUUUAGAAACUCGUCUACCAUCAGAUUGUUCAGAAGAAAGGAUGCAUGCGGCUAUGGACAUAAUAUUUACAAAGGAGCUAGUGACUCAAAUCACGUGGACGGGCAUAAGUCGUCCCAUUAUGCUUUUUCGAAUACAAAAAUAUAAUUAG